CAUAAUUUCACUAUAAAAUCUCAACUUGUGGCAUCUAGACAGACAAGAAGACUACCUUUGUUUUAAAAGCCUGUCUCUUCCCACUUCAAAUACAAUUGUUCUAAGAAAAAAUAAUAAUACAAUGCUAGGAUCCCAGCACAUGGUGUCCUCAAACCCAAAGAAAUUGGAAGGCAAAGUAGCCAUAAUCACGGGCGGCGCCAGUGGAAUCGGUGAAGCUACGGCACGCCUUUUCGCCGACCACGGUGCUCGCAUGAUCGUGGUCGGCGAUAUCCAAGAUGACCUCGGUCAAGAAGUAGCCAUAUCAAUUGGCACAGACAAGUGCAUUUACAUGCACUGCGAUGUUUCAAAUGAAGAUCAAGUCAAAGCUUUAGUUGACUCCACGGUCCAAACGUACGGUCAACUAGACAUCAUGUUUAGCAACGCCGGGAUUGUAAUUACCUCUUCACAGACAGUCGUUGACCUCGAUUUCACAACCCUAGACCGUGUGUUUGCCGUGAACGUCCGCGGCAUGGCGGCAUGCGUGAAGCAUGCUGCUCGUGUGAUGAUCGAGAAGGGCGUACGGGGGAGCAUCGUGUGCACGGCCAGUGUCACUGGUAGCCGCGGUGGUCCACGGCUAACAGAUUAUUCCAUGUCGAAGCAUGCUGUGAUUGGACUGGUUAAAUCCGCCAGCACGCAGCUUGGAGUGCAUGGGAUUAGAGUGAACAGCGUGUCCCCGUCUGCAGUGGCGACUCCAACCUUGUGCAGGUCGUUCGGUGGCAUUGAUGCUGAGCAAGCCGAGAAGAUUUGUGAACGGCUCGCUAGCCUGAAAGGAAUUGUGCCCAAAGUGAAUCAUGUGGCAGAUACAGUACUGUUUCUUGCGUCUGGAGAUUCUGCGUUUGUGAGUGGGCACGACCUGGUAGUGGACGGUGGCCUUCUAUCGAAAUUGGCCUAGUCUUCUUAGAUAUGAUUGCCCACCAAUCCAUUAUCGGGCUUUUGAUUUUGUCGUGUGUAAUGAAUAAUUUUUACAGCCGUAAUUUUAAUCUCUCAAACAUAUAUAUACCAUCAGGUAGAAGAACAGGGCGAGAUUGCAUAUCCUGAUGAUGGUUUAGAUAAUGUAAACUCACUGCCUUAUGAUUCCAUCUGUAUA